AUGGCCGAGGAGCUCCGAGUCGGCCGGGGAUUGAACCCCUGGCGUACAACAGAAAAGAGGAAGGACAAUCAACAGAAACGCGUCCUACUGCAUGGAGAUGGUGACAUUGCAGCGGCUGUCCAGUUACUUUCAACUGAAGUAAACCGACUGACCACUCAGAAUAAUCAACUCGCCACUGAGGUCAACCGACUGACCACUCAGAAUAACCAGCUCACCACUGAUGUCAACCGACUGACCACUCAGAAUAAUCAGCUCACCAAUGAGGUCAACGAACUAGCAACAGAUAUCUUUUCAGGUGCUGUGUACGUAAGAUGGGGGCGAACUACAUGCCCGAAAAAUGGAACUGAUCUGGUGUACACAGGUUACGCUGCUGGGAAUUAUUACAAUCAAGAAGGUGCGGCAGAUUACGUUUGCCUGACUUCCGAACCAAUAUGGGGCGUCUAUGACGACGCUGCACAAAGAAUUUCGGCUAAAAUGUAUGGCACUGAAUAUCAGUUCGCUCACCAAUCAUACGUUGACGGCGGAUCCCAAUUUUUCGGCAAAAAUCUUCACGACCAUGAUGCUCCUUGCGCAGUCUGUCAAACUUCAAGAAGAUCAUCCGUCAUGAUCCCCGGCAGAAACCGGUGCUACCCUGGGUGGACAAAGGAAUACUCUGGCUAUCUAGUCGCUGGUUUGUCAGGAUAUAGUAUCCAAAAGUCACCGACAAAUUACGUUUGCCUAGAUGCUGACGCAGAAUACCAAACUGGGGACCACGUCAACAACGACGGGAAGGUGAUGAAUCUCGUUGAGGCCAUCUGCGGGUCUCUUCCCUGUCCGCCGUAUGUAAAUUAUCGUGAGUUAACGUGUGUUGUUUGCAGCAAAUAA